CUAGGGCAAAGAAACAAAUGGAACAUGGAACAACUAGGUGGCUUUCUCCCUCAGAAUCCCCCCUUAUUCACUUCACUCCCCACCUACCAAGUCUACAUCAUUCAACUUGAACCAAACAGUGAGUAGUAACUAAGUAAGAGUGUAGCCAUCAUUCAUUUACAUCUAAAACAAGAAAGGUGAAGAGGUUAUCCCUUCAACCAAUGGAGCGCCUCUUGAAUGUCUGGACCAUGAUCCGAAAACCCUAGUUCUCCAUGACUCAAAAUGUCCAUCCAACCCGUGUAUCGCUACCGGAGCUUCGCCGAGCGACUCGGACCCAAAAACGCCAAGAACAUCAUCCUUCAUUAUGUGGGGGUCGUCGUUGUGGUCUACGUCACUCUCAAACUGAGAUCCAUGUGCAUCGCCUACUCUGAAGAGAAGUGUGUUCAUUAUUUCGCCCUGCCCCCACCCGCUCCGCCCAAGACGACCACGCCCAAGCCGGAGGAACCGCUAGAGACUACGACGGAACGCUUCAAGAACCCUAUGAUCGAUGACGAUUACGAGGACUAUGAGUACCCAAAAAUCGAUCUCCAUCCAUAUUGGUCAGCCUUGGUGUGCAACAUCAGCGGAUCUCGGAACUUUUUUGUUCGCAUGCUGCGCAACUAUGUCAGAUUCAGUUCGUACUACUUCACUUUGAGUGUGGGUGUGGUGGAUACGGCCAUCAUGGUCCUGUUGGCCAAGCAUUUAUGGCGAGCUCUCCGAUUGGAGCCGAAGACGGAAAUCCCGGAGGAGCGCUUGAAACUCAUUGACCACCAUGGCGAUACGGUGUCCAUUGAGAUUGGCGAGGAUCUCACGUGUAUGGACGACAAUUUUGUUAUCGAGGUCAUCUUGGCCGCCUUGGAUUUCUUCCGCGUGUCUGAACCGAAACAAGAUUGAAACGAGGCGAGUUUCAGAGGCAUUCCAUGGGAACCUUUUUGUCUCUGAUUUGUCUUGGUUUAUUGAACUAGUUCGGCCACAACAAUGAUAGGAAUGAAUGAGAAUGAUCAUACAUUCAAUAACGAUUUCGUCGUAUAAAACACCUUGAGAUGUA